CGGUCGACUAUAAACAUUUUUUACCGGAAAAUUCAUACAUAUGUUUUAUCAACAAAAAAAGUUGUGUCUUAUUGAAAUUUUUCUAGAAAUGGUAUGUUUUAUAGCUGCAAGUCUAGAAAAGCUUGCAUGAUGAAUUUGGAUUUGACUGUUUUGGCUUCUACCUCGAUCAAGAGAAAAAAACCAUGGCCGAAGAUGACCUGGCUUGGAAAGGACAAGGGAGAACUAUAUUUACUGGACAAAACGCGCAUCAGCCAGCUUUAUUUGCCAUCUGGUAAAACACGAAAGAAAAUCCCUACAGUACAUCCUUUCCUUGUAGAUGUACAGGUGCUGUCCACGUCAUCCAAUGGUCAGUUCCUGGCUGGUGCUCUCAAGUCUGGGAAAUUGUUUGUCUGGGAGAGAGACGAUGAUACAUUACAUACCACUCCCAUCCUGGACAAGAUUAGGAAUGUACUUGGGUCAAAUAAAAAGAGAGUUAGCCUUUUCAUUUCAAACUGUGGAAAAAAGAUUGUCUUACUGUCUGGUUUGGAUCAGCUGUUUUUGUGGGAGACUGAUGGUAAACCUCAAGUCCAAGGAGAGCCAUUUAUGGGAAGAUGGAUACAGAUACAGAGUGGGGAUUAUACAUUACCUACUGAGCAAGACAAGGAAAAUGCAGUUGAUGGUGUGUUUUAUGAAGACCAUAUUCAAAGUUUGUGCUGCAUGGUAUCAUGGGUUUUCAAUAAGCAAGAUAGAAUACACAUAACCACAUUACGGCUGCAGUGGCCUCUAUCUGGUGAUGGUAAAAGCUUUGCUUAUGAUCAUGCUGACACUUCACCACAAUUUUCUGCCAAGUGGUACAUGUUUGUAUGCCCUUUAUAUGACCUUACCCCUGCCAAACGAGUCCUUAAAUCCAGCAAAGCAUACAUUGCUAGGUUUUCUUUUGAUGGACAAGUUCUAGCAGUUGCCAUGAACCAGAAAGCUGCUGCUGAUACCAGAAUGAUGUUUUACUCAACUACUAGCUCUUCUGUUGCCAUAGUAACAGAUUUAAAGGGUUGUGGGUCAGCAAACGUACAAAAUUUACCACCUACUGGGAGGUUGUGGUGGGUAUGUGAUAUGCAAUGGACAAGAAACGACUUGUUUUUAAUAAUAAUAACAAGAUGCGGAUCAGUGGCCAUGUUGACUAAGUUGGGCGAACCAGUCACCCUUAGCACUACUGAUAUGGGACCCAGUUUAUACCUUCCUCUUCAUCCAAGAAUAACUUUCAAGAAGCCAAGUGUAAAUGGGGAAAGUGAUACAUCUCUGUCACUACAUUCAAUAACUGAUGAUUCAAGACAAAGAUACUCCAUUACAGUUCACCCUAAUCUUCCCAUCAUCCUUACAACAGAUGGUUACCUGGUGACCAUCAUGCAGUUACCUGGUAAUGCCAGCUACAAGGGAGUCAUGACAUCAUUCUUAUCAUCUGUCACAAGGCUUCUUCCUGAGGUUCACCAAGACCCUGAAAUGGUUCCUGUUUCAUCUUCAAUAAGCAAAGUGGAUAUCUUCCAAUCUGACACCAAUCUAAGCAGAGUAACAUCUGCAGAAGAACUCAGUGAACAGUCAAGUUGCUCCAGUACUUUAGCGGGAUAUGGUUUGGCAAGUGGUGAUCAAGGGAUAGCUGUUGUACCAAUCAUAUCAGACAUUGUCCACAAUCAACAUCUAGACAAGUCAGGGAAGUUUCUUGAAGCACAUGAUAACUCCCUUAAAGCUCUUGCCGUUGGUGUGUCAGCUGGUCAGUACUGGUCCAAUGAUGUCAGCACUGCACUUAAGUUUGUGAUUAAAGGUGUGGUUAAACUAUUUUCUCUCUGCCUUCGAGAUAACUUUGAUGUGCCCUUGUCAAGCUCACUCAAAAUGCUCUCAAAAUUUUCACACAACUUUGAAUUCCCAUCUGAAAAGAUAGAGGGUUGUUUCAAUUAUUUCAAGAUGGCUCUUGAAAUGUUCCUGUGGGAUUCCAAGUACAGGAAUUCUUUCACGGCAUCAGUCAGAUUGAUACAUGGGAUUAUCAAAGAGAUCUUGGCUUGUAAGUUAUUCCCAGAUGCUCAUAAAGUAUUCAGCUCUAUAGCAUUCCUUGAAUUUGCUGAAGAUGUUCUUGGAUCUGUGUACUCAUGGAAGGAAAGCUCUAAAACUGCUUCUAAUGGCGAAGUUAUUGAUCGCUUCAGUCCAAAUGCAAGUAUUCCGAGGGAUAGUACUGCUUUGCAGAAAACACAGGAAUUUAUGAAAGAGGUAUCCCAAAUAGAUUCAGAAUCUGACGGGUCGACGUUAAAGGAGAGUUCUCAAGUAACCAAAGCACUAACAGCCACUUGGUUGAUAUUGUACAACUACACCGUUCAGUCAUCUAAACGUUCAAGUAGACCUGGUGAAGCAAGUCAGUUUACACAGUUCUUAUGUGACAUACAAAAAAGGUUGCAAGACAUGGACGUUACCAUACCAACUGAAGCCAAACAAGAACCACAUAUGUCAGUGGUUAAAUCUAUCAUUGACCGAGAUGACGCUAUUCCUGGCCUAACUGACAGCCCUGGUGAUUCACUGUUUGGACGUAGGCGAAUUAACCGUACCGACCAGGAACCGAACCAGAGCACACCAACACAUAUGCGUAAAACUGGAUCUUUAGAUCGUCUUCUCGACGUGUCGGCCAUUGAUAGGUCGUCUUCGAACGAGUACGCCGAUCAAAGGGACGCAACAACAGAGUCUCUCCUCGCCAUUCUUUAUUUGAAUCUACAGAAUUAUAAUCUGAGAGCAGCUAUACAUCUUGUGCUGUCACUGAUGGAGCCUGCUUUAGAUCGCUUGGAUGAAACAUUCAGCUCGCUUUUCACUCUAGAGUCUUUACGCACAACUCGAAAUCAAGACUACUCAACAAAUCAACUACUGACCAUACUUACCCAAACGUUCCCGAUGAUUCGUGUAGCUGACAAGUGUGGAGUUCCUGUGGUGCAGUCUUUAGGUCGAUUCAUGGCUGCGUAUUUCUCUAAUCUUAGUCUGUACGUUUUCCCGGCAUACCACCCUAACGUUCUUCCACCAUACUACCUUGGAGAACGGGCCAGGCAUGAGAGCACAUCAGAUGAAUCGUUUACAUUGUCUCAAGGUGUCGAAGUUGUACAUGUGGAUCGAGAGAAGGUCGCGUUAGCUGUUCGUGAUCAAGGCAUAUCAGAUUUUUGGUGUGCUAAUAAUACCAUAGAGCUUAUGCUGAUAUCAGGUCUUAUUGGUGAAGCUGCCUGGUUGAGCGAUAAUCUUGGUGACUGGAAACACGCCCUGAUAUUAUCCGUCAGCCACACCCUUAACAUUAACCAGCACACAGGUAUCCCGAAAACUCUAUUACCAACUAUACCAAGUAAUAUAAUCCCAGAAAACAUCAUCCUAAAACGCCUACAACCAGUCUUGUCUUCAUCACCAUCACCAUUACCAAACAUCCCUAAAAACCUACUUGAUGUACCUGAAGAUGCGACGUCAACGCCAAACAAAGACCGCGUGCUAAUCGAACAGCCCACUAAAGAUAAAAUACAACACGACAUGGAUGAAAAGGCUUUCAAAGAUGUGGGUAAUAUACUAGAAGCUGCAGUUGUCGCAGGGUUAGAUGUAGUCCCAGUUUUGUGUGCUAGAAUGCUGCAGGAUUUGUUAGUGCUGGUUUCUGAGAUGGAUUGGAUUGUACCUGAGGAACUCUACCUUCCGGCUCCUCCUUUGUUUUGCCCGCAACCUCCUCAUGUUGAAACUGAAUAUCUUCUGCCGCGUGUUUAUCGCGAGAAGCAGCUACGAUCAGACAUUGCUGGCUCAGUCCAGAAACUGUUAACCCUGCUUCAUUCAUCCAAUUGUAUGUCGGCUUGUAUACAGUGGUAUGUUAGUCAGCUGGUUACUACGAACGAAAAAUGGUACAAUACAUCAAAAGAUGACCAAGAUUUUAUUAUCCCAAAAUCCCUGUUGGCGCACACUGACAUAGUGACAUCAUUUCAUGCUGCUGAUCUUAGCCUUGUUAGAGCUGUUAAAAGGAAUUCUGCCAAACCAAAAGAUGCUCUAAGCCCACCUCGUCCAAGUAAGACGCCUGGCUCGUCUGUUAGUCUGGUAAUACAAUGUUUUCAUCAGUUUUGUUUUACAAUGUGGAUUCUUUAUGUACGAGACAAUAUGAGUCUUUGUGCGAGAAAAUACAGACAGGCAAGAAAUCAAGCGGCUGCCAAACCUGAGAUGGCCGAACAAGUCGAAGGUCUUUGUUGGGAAACUCUUCAGUGGACUUUGGAGCUGCAGCCAUUUGGUUCAUUUCUUGGGGCAUCAACGCAAGUCAGUGACUCGUUAUUGACUCUUUUGUCUGAGAUGCAACCUAGUAUUGCCACAGCAAAGAUCACUGCACAGUACUUCCCUGAUCCUAACCUCAUUCCCACAACUUCAGGAAGGGCCAAGUAUAAGCGGCUCAUGACUCAAUUCCGCGGGAUAACUUUGCGAGAAGCAGGAAGCAUCGAGGAAGACAACUACGACGAACCAUUAUCGGUUUUCUAUCGCGAGAAGUGUCUUGAAUGGCAAGACGAGUUGAAAGAGAGAGAAAGACUUUUCCAUAAAGUGCAAAUUGAAGUGUUUCCUAGAGAAAACGAUGAAGAUGACUUGCCAAACUCCAAGCCUUCGUUUGUCACCAACAAAGACCAUCCAUGUGUUGGCUCUACUUUGUUCGAGACAUCAGAGAGUUACCUCAAGUUUCUUGAUACUUUCUUUGUUAUUACCUUCACUAAAACUGCGUCUGAACUAACCGGUCAAGCUGUGACUGGUAUCCCUCUUCUCUUGCCAUACGAUAAAGUCUUAACCUUUAACGAGGCGAAAAGUUUGAAAGAGCUACGUGCGAAAGCAGCGAUGGACAAGGAAUACAAACCACGUUCUGAUAACAACUCUUUGCAUCGAAGUCAAAGCUGUGUAGAUGUAAGCUCAAAUAGAUCGAGGAAGCCCCUUAGUCGUUCGCAUCUUGGUUCAGGACAGUCUGACAUCCGACGAUCCAGUAGUAUGAAUGAUAUUAGUAAACGCAGUGCCAACUCUGGCAUUGAUGUCCUGGGAACUAGUCUAUUGGAUAUGUUACCUCGACUAUCGUGGUUGAGCCGGUGGUCAUCAGAGGGUUUGCCUAGUACUAGUGUCAGUAGAAGGACAACAGAAGGUCAGCCUGUGAUGAAGGUUGAUGUAGAGUUACCCUUGCUCGUCAAUAGUCUAUGGCUGAUCAGUAAUGUUUACACUCCAUGGGAACUCAACGAACAGGUAAAGCCUGAGUUCCUAAAAAUCGCUGCUAAACCAUCAAGAAAGCCACAAGAUGCAGACCGAAAUGUUGUAGAACGCCCUCUACGACGGGCAUCUAGUGAUACCGAUAUACCUAAAGUUACUGUACAAAGUCCUACCACAGAGGAAGAAAGCAUUUUGAAGAAAGAAAAGACAGAAGUGUCGAAAAAGAAAACACCUAAGUAUACAGGGCAAGUGCCAAAGCUGGAUGCUAAACUAGAGACAGAGUUUGAUGCACCUCGAGUAUCACACAUUCACGACUCUUUUCAUGCUAAAGCAGACACUCAUAAAAAACCUAAGUCUGUUCGAAGAGCUUUGAAAAUGGAUGUGCAAGAACAAAAUUCUAAAACAGAAAAAGUAAAAACAGAAUUUCGCCGUAAAGUCAAAUCAUCCAAACACUCACUCACGAAAACUGUAAAUAAAAGUGAUCUGGACCACGUGACAAUUGAUCGCGUCUCACCGGUGAUGAACGCCGCUGACUUGCAUACAUUCGAGCCUGACGCCGGACACAGGGAGACUGUACCUGACCCUACCUCACAUGGAAAACAACAAGUAAAUCGUACCAAUGACCAGACGCAAACAGUCAGAGAAGGGAUGGAACUAGUUCUUUUGUUGAGACCAAAUUCCAAUACUUAUCCAAACRAUGCCGACUUACCACUUUUAAAGCUGUCAACUGUAACGUCCAAACAGGACCAGUCACCAGUAAGAGACACAAAGGUAACCAAUAAAGAGUCUGCUUCACAGACUGAUGCUCCAACAAUUACUAACAGCUCAACACAGUGUGCCAAUAAUCCAGAGAGAGCAGCAACUUACAGUAAAGUGAUCAGUUCAAACGCUGUAGACUUCAGUUCUCAGUAUGAUGAGAGUAGAGAUGUUAGCUGUCAAACUGGACCAUCAUCACCUAGCAACAGACAGAAGCAUGAACGUUCUGUGACUUCUUAUUCUUCACAAGAGGAUGAUGUACCCUCCCAUGAUGCCAGGCAAUUGAUAGGUGCACCCUCAAGCCAACAAUCUCAUUUCUUUAGAGCCCCCUUCAGCCAACAAUCUCAUUUCAUGGGAGCACCCACUUGCCGUCAAUCGUAUUUAGAUGGUGUACCAUAUAAUAAUCAAUCUCUUUCAAAUGGAGCACGCCCUAUACAUCAAUCUCAUUUCGGUGGUAUACCCUCUAGGCCUGACUAUCCCUUACAGAUCCAUAGACCUGAUCAAGAAGAUUAUCGUCGCCAAGAACAUCCUAAAAAGACAGCAUGGCCUGAGCAGUCUGUCCAGAAUCCACUAGAAGUAUUUCCAUUACUGCAUAUUCCAAAAAGGACACAAGCGACUAGUGAUUCAGGGCGAAUGGUGCCGCCAUGGACAGGUUAUCCAACACACAGUCAAACGUCUCGUGAUAACCAUUCCAUUCCUCUUCUUCAUCUCCCAAAACAAGCCAACACACAACCGACCAAGACAUUUCGACUUUUCGAAAUUCCACCAGCAUCUCGUGACCUACCUUUACUGCUCAUGCCCAAAAACCAAGACAAGCAGCAUCGUCCUGACCUUAGUAAGAUAAAGUUUGCUGACAUAAAGACUAAGCGGGAUCCCUUUGUAAUGCUUGACAUGGAUAAUGCAAGGUCUAGACGAGGUCAGCACGUCCCAUUACAGCAGCUACCCAUGGAAAAGGAUGUACAUUCUUCACCGUUAGUUUUACUGCACAUGCCAAAAGAAAAUCCUAAGACAAAGUUGGUGCCAGUAGAAGUACUGGAAGCAUAUGAACAGACAAAACAAAAAGACUCGAAAGAAGCAUUUCACGAGAAAGAAAAUGUGAAACCCAAGAAAGGGAGGGAACGAAAACGAAAGCGUCAAAUAGAAAACAAAGAAGAGAUCCCUCGGCAAGAUGCUAGGAAUGCUCCAUCGAGACAACGAAGAAGACAGAAUAUGUUGUCUUCUGAACACACAAAGCGAAGUGACGUCGAGAAUUUAAAAACUAAACUGGUUCAAGUCAAUCCUGUUAAUCAAGAUAAGGAUAGAAAAUCCAAGAAACCUAGAGAACUACAGCCUGCACAACAGCUGGACGAAGGUCUUAGCGAAGAAAGCGAACUUGAAUUAUCUGAAAUGUCAGAAAAUUUUAAACUUUCAGACGAAGAGCAAUUGUAUUUUAACGUAUAUCAGCGUAAACCAACUGUGAGUAAUGAAAAGGUUGACGAAUACUGUAGAGAACUUGAGGCAAGGGUGAAGAAGGAGUUCCAGAAAGAACUAGAAGAUUUAAGGAAGCAGCAAAUGGAAUUGGAAGUGAAGGAACGUGUAAGGAAGGAAAUGGAAAGACAACGAGAACAAGAUGAAGUCCGCAAGCGUUUGGAACAGGAACGCGAACUUCACGAACGUUUAGAAAGAGAGAAAAAAGCUCGAGAAGAGAAGUUGCAAGAACAGGACAUAAGUCCUCGUCCGGUACCAAGAAAACGGUCUGUCAAAUGGGAAGGAGGCUCGUUUGUGAGUUAUGAUGAUGCACCUCUUAGGGCCAUCAAGUCACCAAGCAGUGUUGAAGUACAAGUGCAAAGUGAUUUGAUUCGUGUUGAUCAAGUUACUCAGACUGCUGAACCCGACUCUAGAGUAACAAUACCACAACAAUCAGAGGAGAUAUCAAGACAAAAGUCGUUUGCGCCAGUCCUUCCUCCUAAUGUAUUACUUGGGUUAACAUUUGAUGAAGAACCAAAAAGUACCUUCCAAAUUCACGGUGUCGAGGAAAUUGACCCUGUCGACACAAGGAAUCGCGCUGUAAGCGAAAGACAAUUUGUAAGUGUUGCAGACAUUGACAGUGAACUAUGGGAGAAGAUUCGCAGCGGUAACAAGAUGACAAUUAGACACGACGAAGAAAGUGUUGAAGGGAAAGAGGAAGGAACAGUUCAGGAUGAAGAUACUUCACAAGAAGAAGAGAAAGUUCCAUCGAAAGAAUCAUCCGUUGCACCUCAUAAUGGUGAAGACGACGUUGAAAAGUUUCCUAAGAAACACGAUCUUUUGACAGUCCAGUUGAUGGAAUCUUUUGAAACACAAAAGCCUCGACCUGCAAGUGCCAUUAACGCCAGUAGUCUGUCGAAGCAGCGGUUAUCAAGUCGACUAGAAGAAAUGAAUGAACGUUUUGAAGCCAUAGAAAAAAUAACACAGAAUAUGGACAGAGAAUUUCACAGCUCAAAUGUGCUUCUAAACGCGAUCGAAAGCAUUGGUGAAAUCAUGUCUCCACCAGUCAAGGAACCUAAAACUAAAAACAAAUCUCAAGGUCAGCGUAGUAGCUCAACAUUACCUCGAGGGAAAAGGGAUACUUUUCCAUGGAGACGAGACGAACCUAGUAAAGAAUUACAACUAAAUGAUGCUAGGGAGACAACAAUAUCAUUUAAGGAAGAAAUUGAAUCUGAACAAUGGAACCACCACCAUGAUGAUGACCAUCCAGUACACGAAGAUGCUAGUGGAAGUGUUACGCCAACUUUAGAACUAGGAGAAGAACCACCUGAUAAAGCACGUGAUCAAACUGAGUCACAACAGCAAUCCCUUGAUCUCACUAGAUCAAAUGAACAAUCACGUGAUGUGGCCGUUAAUGAUUUGCCUUCCGAUUCAUUUAAAAAUGGUUUGCCACGUGAUCCUACUGGAGGUCUGGAACAGAAUCGUUCAGCGGAGGAAUUUGAUUCGUCACUGAAUUCAAGAAGGACAGAUCAAGAUACACUACAAGACAUGGCAAUGCUUUCUUCAAAUACUCUGAAAGAGAUAUUUACAGACAGACACGACUCAUCUAAAAGGACCAGCCAACGAUCAGCUGAGAAAAGGAAGAAGGUUCAGGAGUGGAUGGCGAAAAAACGAAAGGAAAGACAUUUAGAAUGGAAAAAUCAAGUAGAAGAAAUGAGAGCCACCGAGUUUAAACCGUUCACUAACGUAAGCGAGGGUCCGUCAACUCUCAAGAAAAUCAAAUUGGCCGAGAAAGAGCGAGAAACUAAACGAAGGGCGAAACAGGAAUCCCAAAUCGACGAGAGAAUAAAAGAUGCAUCAAACCUUAUCAACGAGAUGCUAGCCGAACCAGUCCCCAAAGCCAACACUCUACAAAAUCUACACUACGCAUCCCCCACGCCUAAGAACAAAACUAAACAUAACAACAGAUAUACCACUAAAACAACAUCCAAGAAACCCAUCAAAAAGACUGAGCCAAUCAGAUCUCAACGAAGGGAGCAGAACAAAACUCCACUGACAAGCAGUCCGCUCUAUCCAAAUAAAGACAAUAUACAUGAUAGACAAAUUAUCGACAGUCGGUUUAGUACUGGGGCUCGUUCGGUUACUACAAGCGGUUCUGAAUUUGUAACGACGAAGACAUACCGAAUGCACGAGAAAGACAAACUUCGACGAUCACAGGAACUAGAGAGAGAAAUGUAUCUGCAACAACAGCCAAAUAUGGAUAGCAAUGGUUUGUAUAUCACAGACCAGUCGAUAGAUAUAGAUGACAUAAUGGACCAAAUACCUGAUGGAUCAACUAUUGAUGGGUUGAAUGAUAUUGAUGAUUUACUAAGCGAUGACAGUGAACUGAAAGAACUUCUCAAUGAUGUGCUGGGAAAUAGACCCAAGAACACUAAUAAGGGGACUGGGAACAAGGGCGUGGGCAAGAAAGGCGGGCCAGCUUUUUCGGGAACAACUACUUGGACUAAGAAUUCUAGUAGAACAGCAAAGCAAAGUGCACGGCCAGCGCUCAAGAAUACCGCCUCACGAGGAUACCAACACAUUUCCAAGAAACAGCUGUCAAAAUCAUCUCAAAACAAAUCUUCGAUACCAAAAUCACAAGACAGUCCCUAUACCAACAACCGAUUACCUAGCAACAAGAUAACCUUGUCACGUGAUGUACUUGGAGGAAAAACUGCUAAAACCUCCAAAGAUGAUAAAAGAGGGCUGGUUAAUUUUGAAGAUGUCAGUCCAUGGAAUUCUGGGGACAUUUUACAAAUGUCUGAUGAUGUUGCUCAACUGCUGGCCGAGGCUAAGGAGGCUAUAGGUGACAACAUGUCUGAGAGCAGCGGAAGCAUAAUGAGCAACAUUGACUGGGACGCAGUGGACAAGAUCAUGAAUGAUAUGUGAUUUACUGCAACAAUGCUGGUCAGUGGACAACUAACAAGAAUAUUCACAAUAAAAUAAGGCAUGUGACUUCAAAUGGUCUAGAACUAAUUCGUAAUAUCGCUAGUGUACAUUUAUAUGUAUUAUGAUUUAAUAUACUAUGAAUUAAUAACUAUGAAAUAAUAUUGUUAUUUAUAAGCUCGUAUAUCUAAUAAUAAAUCAAAGUCGAAAAGAUUUUUGAAAGCCGUUUUAGUAAGCAACAUUACUGUUAUUCAGUCUCGGCAGCCAUGUUGAUGGUACUUUUCCAAAGUUAUAUAUCCAAUACCAAUAUGACCAGAACAUUUCAGUUUGCAUUUUACAGCCGUUAGCAAGCAACAAUGUUAUCUAUUAUCACUCAUAAAAAUAAACCCAAAGAAAGUUCGAAUCCCAAAAUAACUGCCACGAGAGGAAAUAUCUUCUAAGUUUUCAAUCAGCACUAGCAGUAUAUUGGUAUUUCCGAGAUGGUAUUCCUGUGUAGUCUUGUCUCCAGCUAUGAUAGUUCAAGGUAUUUCCUACACCUCCAUACAGCCCACCAUGUUUCAGACAAGAAUGUGACCUAACCUAACAACAAGCUUCGUUUCAUUUAUUUUAACUUGAAUAAUUUUGAAUCAGUAAACAAAACUCUACAAAAAACAGAUGUGUUUACGUGUGUCACCAACGGGAUGUAAUACUAUGAUUACGACUACUGAUUCAAUUAAGAGUGCUUUAAAGAAACAGUAAUGUCAUGUAAAAACAUAGUUUUUAUGCAAUCCUAUACUAGUAUUAAAUCGCCUUGUUUUGACGGAAAAGUACUUUUACCGAAAAACUCGCAGUCAGUAUCACGGGGACAUUCCACAUAUGUUAUUGCUAUUGCAGCAUUUAUUUGGUUUUCUAUGAAUUUAUGAUAAAUAAUGAAAAAACGUGCUGAGAUGAUAGUUAAGCAUACACAAGUUACCUCAAGGGACGUUGGACCUUAGACAAAGACAUUUAUUUAUUUAUUUAUUUAUUACUCAUGAUUUCUUUACAGACAUUUCAGACAUUCCUUGAAAAAAUAGAGGGUGUCAGCGAUGAAAAGCCUUUGGCUAUGUGACAAACAUCGUGCGCAUUAGAUUAUUUUCCAAUAUUGGCGUUAAGUCCUCUUGAGAAUCUAUUCAUAGACGGCUGGCCUUUCAACUCUGAUAAUCAUUUGAGUCUAAUUCCAACUAAUUUAUAUUAACAUCAAUAUAUCAUGGUUUAGUGCACGGUUAUCUUAAUUGAUCUGAGAAAUAGCCUUAUAAAGUUAAGUCUUCCAAGAGUAUCAUUAAAUGGUGAUAGUCAUGCCCUAAGUAGUAAAGUUAUCAUCAGUCAUCUUAUGUGAUUUGUGCUUUACUAUCGAAAUACAUCGUGUGGAUGAUAAUAUACGUUGUAUAGAUAUGUUUGAAUACGCUAAUUUAAUAAGUUAUUCGAGUCUCUACUCUUCUUCUAGCAUCAUAACUAGAUUUAUAAUUAAACUGAAACUGUUACCCAGGUCAGCAGUAUAACUAGAUUGCUGACAGUAUGAGCCAAGGACUAUUGCACGUGUGAUUAUGUUAAGGAGUUUGGCAAAUAAAAGAUCAGUGUUAGUAAACGCAUCCUGGUCCGACACUGU